AUGUACCAAAAUUUCUCUAAAGAAGAGCUCAAGCAGCUAGUUCGAGCCUUGAACGAGAGCGGUGAAUUGGAGCAGCUGCUGCACGAAGCAUCCGCUUCCACUUCGGCCGACACAGCGCAAGGAUCGAUGAAUGACAGCUCAAAACGCAGAUUGACGAGUUCUGUGGUGUCUGCGAAGGAAGAGCUGGAUCAGUUUGAGGUCGGCUACUCUUCUCAUGCUGGAACAGAGAUCCGCCUGCCUGAAGGUCUUCAGUCACUGAAGCAGUGGGGCUCCACCAUUUGUGAGCUACCAAAGGUAGCCAAACGUGAGAUGACAUACGAUAUGAUGAUCACAGAAGCUGACUCGUGUAAAGAAAUGAGGGAUUACUUGACAUGGGUCACCAACAGCGGAGUCAAAUCCUCGAAGAUGGAUGACAUCCGUGCAUAUUUGAAGGCAGUCCAGUAUAGCCCCGGAAUUUCCAAGUUCGGAGUGACGUAUCCAGGCUCGAAGGAAGCCCGUCGCUUUGGCCAUGAAGGCCAUUGA